UCGCACGUUAACCAGGAAAAAAAAACCACGCGCCCGGGUACAACUCCUUUGAAGCGGGGCCCAGGAACCACGAGGUCGCUAAACGAGCCACGCGGAUCUUAGACUUGGACCGUUCUCAUCGUCAGCUGUCAUCUCUCUGUCUAUUUCCUCUCUCUCUCUCUGCUCUCGCUUCUCUAACGAACUGCUAAAAGGAAAAUAAAAGGACCAAUUCCCGUUCUAACUCAAAGCCCCGAUUUGUCUCUCUUUUACCGGAACUCAGUGCAGGUCUUUUUUAUUUAGCUUGGAGAUUUGAUUUAACCAGUUAAGAAAACGGGGAGGGUAUGGAUAAAAUGAAACUAGCUCAAUGGGGUGAGAAGUUGAAAACGGGUGGAGCUCAAAUGAGUAGAAUGGUUAGUGGGAAAAUGAAGGAAAUUCUACAAGGUCCAACACCCGAAUCGAAAAUGGUCGAUGAGGCCACAUUAGAGACCUUAGAAGAACCCAAUUGGGGAAUGAACUUGAGGAUAUGUUCUAUGAUCAAUUGUGAAGAGUUUAAUGGGACCGAAAUUGUUAGGGCCAUAAAAAAGAAGAUAUCCGGAAAAAAUGUUGUCAGCCAAAGGUUGAGUCUUGAUUUGUUGGAAGCUUGUACCAUGAAUUGCGAGAAGGUAGCUUCUGAGGUGGCUUCUGAGAAAGUGUUGGAAGAUAUGGUUAAGAUGGUUGAGAAUCCGCACACGGAUCACGGGAAUAGAGAAAGGGCUUUGCAGUUGAUUCGUGCUUGGGGACAGUCUGACGAUCUGGCUUACCUGCCUGUGUUUCACCAAACUUAUAUGCAGAGCUUGAAAGGAAGAAGUACACACCUGUCAGUAGGUGAUGGGAACUCACCCCUCUUGCACCAUACCUUGGAGUCUUACAUAGGAGAGCCAUUGCCUCCCUCUGAUAAUUAUCCUGUCAAUAACACAGGAUUGCAUGGUAAUGAUUUUGCCUAUAAUUAUGGGAGUCUAUCUGUUGAACAAAAGAAGGAACUUUUUGAAGUAACUAGGAACAGCCUUGAGGUGCUCUCUAGCAUUUUGAGUAGGGAAACAGAGCCAAAACCCACAAAGGACGAGCUGACAGAGAGCAUGUUGGAGAAGUGCAAGCAGUCACAGCCUGUUAUUCAAAUGAUCAUAGAAGGCACUACUGAUGAUGAUGGAAUUCUCUUUGAGGCACUGAAUCUGAAUGAUGAGCUUCAACAAGUCAUCUCCAAAUUUGAGAAACUGGAAGCUGGUUCAAAGUCUGGAAGACAGCCUAAUGCCUCUGCUCCUGCGGAGCCCCAUAACGAAAGUAUUGUAGGUGCUUCCCCUUCGACCCAUGAUGAAACCAAGACGAGUGCUUCCCCCUCGACCCAUAAUGAAACCCAGAUGAGUGCUUCCCAGAAAGCAGAUGGUAAUGAAUCCAGCAGUGAUAAGAAAAUAUUGAAGGAGAAUUGAGGAGUUAAGAGGGUUUCCUAGGUUUAAUUUCCGUUGCAUGACUUCUUGUGCUGUUAACUUUAUGGUCGGGUUAUCGUACUUGGUGAAUAAGACUAUGUAGUCCAGUCACAAUGAUUUCCCUUUUGUCCCUAUCUUUUGUUAAUAUACAACCGUUUUUUCA